AUGGCGGCCAGCUACUGGGACUCGACACAGCGGCGGUUCUGGGAGUUCAGCAAGGAGCAGCUGGCGGCGCGGCGGCGGCAGCGGCAGGAGGAGGAACGCAGCCUGGUGCAGAUGUGUCCGCUGCCGGAGCAGCGAUACCUGAACAUGUUUUUCUUCCAGCAGCUUAACCGGCUGGGAAAGCGGACGAACGUGCGACAGCAGGCCCUAGCGACGGCACAGGUGUACCUCAAGCGGUUCUACCUGCAGGUGGAGCUGCGACGGACGAAUCCAUACCUGGUCAUGGCGACGGCGCUGUACCUCGCCUGCAAGACGGAGGAGUGUCCACAGCACAUCCGACAGGUCUCGCAGGAGGCCAAGGGUCUGUGGCCGGACGUGGGUGCGCACUGCCUCGAGAUCACGCGCAUCGGCGAGUGCGAGUUCUACCUGAUCUCCGAGCUGCGCUCGCAGCUCAUCGUCCACGCCCCCUAUCGCACCCUGCUGUCGCUGCAGGGCGAGCUGGGCCUGCAUCCGGACGAGCUGGCCCAUGCCUGGAACGUGGUGAACGACCACUACAUGACCGACCUGCCGCUGCUGUACCCGCCUCACGUCAUUGCCGUCACCGCCCUGUUGUGGGCUCUGGUGCUGCCACCGGGAGGAGGAGCCGGAGGGGGCGGUGGCGGCGCUGGAGGAGGGGGAGGUGUGGGAGGCGGUGCAGGGGCUGGAGGUGCAGGUGCGGGAGGUGUAGCGGGCGGAGGAGGCGCCGGUGGUCCAGGUGCUGCCGGCGCAGGAGCCAACGCGGGCGUUGGUGGAGCUGUUGGCGGCAACGUCGGCGGCAUGACGCCCGGUGGCGGCGGUGGCCUCCACGGACCCUCAUCUCUUCCGGCGCCGCCCCAACUGCACACGUCCUACUCGUCGCUGUCGACGCUCGGCGGACCCGGUGCCACCAAUACGCCCGGUGGCAGCAACACGCCGGGCGGCGGUAGCGGCGGCAGCAUGUUGCCGAGCACGCCCGGCAUGGGCGUCGGUACCCCGAAUAUGCCCGGCGGUGUUGCGGCCGCUCUGGUCCAGGCACAGGCUCGCGCAGCCGCCGUGGCGGCAUCCCAACAAAACGCUGCUGGUGGUGGCGGUGGCGGCGGCACGCCCAACAUGGGCAGCAGUAUGGUGGCGCUAGGUGCGCUCGGCAGCAUCAACAGCAUGGCGGCCACCAUGGGCACUAUGGCGGGCAUGGGCAUGGGCAGCAUGAACUUGGGUGGCAUGAACAUGGCCGGCAUGAACAGCAUGGUCGGUGGUGGUGGCUUGAGCAUGAACGCUGCCGGCGGGGCAGCAGCAGCAGCAGCAGCGGCGGCUGCGGCAAAUGGCAGCCAGCAGGUCGUCCAACAAGGUGGCCAACAGGUCGGCUCCGCUGCAGCUGGCGACGAUAGCAGCCCGCAGGACGGUGGAAGGGGCGCUAUGCUGCAGUGGCUCAUCAAGUGGCUGGCCGACAGCGGGCUCGACAUGGAGGCAAUCAUCGACUGCACCCAGGAGCUCAUCUCGUUCUACGUCUGCAGCGAUGAGUACAACGAGAAGCUGACGCGGGAGCAGAUCAACCGCUUCAUCAAGGUCCGAGGCCUGGAUCGGUGA